AUUUAUGAUGAACUUAUAUUAUUUAAUUUGCACUUCAUAUAUAAUUUAUUUCAUACACACAACUCAUGGCAGAGAGCUGGUCGAGAAUACCAUUGAGAUCUAUGACAAUUGCACAAACAUACAACACAAGCCUGAGGUGCUGAAUGUGGUGCGGAGUGGCCAGACCUACGGGAACCGUACGUGCGAUACCAUUAUACAGACCGCUCCCCGAAACCGGACACUAGUCUAUCAAAUACACUACAAAAAUAAUCAAAUUGUCAAUCAAACGAUUAAUGUCGUGACCACUGCUACUAUAAACAAUGGAUACCUAAUAGAAACUGACAAAUCAAAUAUCACUGCCGGCCCACUGGCCGGUCAUGUCUAUUAUGGGAUCAGGUAUUUCAAUAACUCGGACUUUUAUCAGUGCAACAAAGAGCCUGGUCUAACUAACCUGCGCCAAUUGUCGGGUGUACUAUACUUUGUGCAUGCUAAUAAUUUAGAUGGCAUGUUUUCGUGCCGAGGCUCGGGCUAUAAUAAAUUUCACCCUGGUAUGUUGUUUGCCUACGUGGACGCCGAUCAAGCGAUGAGUUGGGUUGAGUCAGGCAAACAGUUGGCAAUGGAUUUUCUACCCUAUCUAUUCCAUCCCUGAUAAGACAACUUUAUUAUUUCAAUAAACACAUAUAAAUUAGC